CCUGAGGGGAGCCUCUGUAGGCUCCCCUCCUCUCAGGAGGAGGCCGCCUUCCCAGUUCCGAUCCUCCCCCCGAGAUUGGCUGAUUGAGAGUUUAGACCAAUAACUCCCCCGUUGGAGGGGCUGAGUGGGCGUAUCUAUUGGAGCCAGUCAGUCCAGUCAUCUUAUGGCGGAGCUGCUCAUUCAUCAGGUUGCUGUCUGAAACCCUCAGCGAAAGGCAACUGUGGAGACCGUCCUCGGACAUGGAGGCAGAGAAGAAAAAGAACCCAUCUGGGAGCCCACCUGACUCCCCUCCCACCACCCCCGUUGUCAAGAUGAGAAAGCUGCCAUUCUAUAAAGUCUGUGGCGAAAUAGUAAAACCCAUGAAGCUGGUGUCUAAGAGCUCUGCAGUAUGUAGGAAGACAAAGGUACAUUUUAUUGCCAGCCCCAGGAUCUUCAGUGAGAUCAUCAGGAACAGUGAGGCUCACCUGGCAGACAGGAUCCUGCGGGUGCAACUGCGGUUCUGUUUGUGGAAAUGGCAAUACCCUCAAGCAGAUCAUCUUCCGCUACACCUGGUUGUUAAGGUCAACGAGCAAGAAUGUUUCAUACUGAGAGAGAGAGAGACCAUUCAGCAUCCCAUCGACAUCACGGAACUAGUGCAUCUCUCGGAUGUGGUGCCCAACGUCAUCAAGGCCACUUGGUCACUGACUGACAGGCGGGACUAUGCCAUGUCUAUUUGCUGGGUGAAGCAGCUUACCACAAUCGAUUUACUGCAGGAACUGUGGGCUAAGGAUGUUUUCCCCAUAGACGGUACACUGGCCAUCAUCAAGGAAGAGAUGGAAGCAAAUGUUGCUAUCAACGUCAACGUCCGCAGCCUCCGUGUCUCCCUUGUGUGCCCGCUGGGCCAGGUUCGUAUGUCCGUGCCCUGCCGUGCGUCGUCCUGUUCCCACCUGCAGGUUUUCGACGCAAUGCAGUACCUGCAGUGGAAUGAGGAGAGGGAGUUGUGGAGAUGUCCCGUUUGUAAUCGGAAGACACUUUAUGAAACUCUGGUUAUUGAUGAGUUCUUCCUCAACAUCCUCAAAACCAGCCGUGACUGCGAAGAGAUCGAGCUCCUGCCUGAUGGGUCCUGGUACCCGGUAGAGCCCUGGAGAGACUUGAGGAACAACUAUGAUACUCCUGGUGCCAGUGGCUUCCAAUCAGGCCUUUUCCCUGACAGAGGCAAGGAGAAUACCACCCUUUUCCAGAUAGGCAACAGGUUGGCCAAUAUGGAGCUGCAGGAUCCUGGAGUGAUGAACACCUCCGAGAUGAUAAGACCUCAGCCUCUGCGAAGCCUGGUCUGGGGCCCACCCCAGGAUGGGCCCCUUCAACAGUCCAGAUCCCUGCUAUCUUCCCUCCAGCCAAGCUCCACAGGGACCUCCCCAGAUGUGAAUUCUCUUCCUUGCUUUAAUGUUACUCAGCCCAUUAACUGGAACUUCGCCUUUCAGAACAGCCACAGCUACAGCCAUGGUUUACCCUGGUGCCCUGCAGGCGUGGUCCAAGCCCCAGCCACAGGCACAGGCGUCCUUUCAGGAUGGCUCCCACCCCCACUUCCUGUUGGGACCUAUGGCCCCUGGGGCCAGCAUCCUUCUGUGUAUGAGGUCCAUUCAGGAUGGGGGAGAGGUCUCCCGGCUUUCCAGCCACUGUUCGGAUAUCAGCCCCUUGCACCGAAUCCUUUCCCCGCCCCAGUCCAGAGCUCCAUGCCGAUGGGCAUCGUGGGGAACCCCAUGUGGGAGGCGGGGGGAAGGAAUGUGUUCGGGCCGCCUGUGCCUUGUACGCAGGUGGCCCCGGCCCAAAUGUACCCGGAAGCUUUGUCUAUCCAUCGGGGUGGAGAGGUGUCCAACUUGGUUAACCUCGAAUCCAGAGAUGCAAAUGAGUCCUUAAGGGAAGAAGAUCAAACUCAACAGCCCACCGACCCUUCACUGGCCCCUUCUUCUCCCCACUCUUAGGUCACUGAGGCAAAGGGGUCCACCCCACAACUCCACUUACCCCAGGUUUAAGGUGUUCAUGCCCCUCAACCCUCAGGUGCCAUAUUUGGGGCCUGUUCUGGUAGCUAUCAUACAGGGGAAUGGGAAGAGGGAUAUUCUCUGCCUACCCUCCGUCCUCUCCCACGUUUCUUUGUUGCCGUUCAAUGUGGUUGGCCAGAGGCCCUGGUUAGAACCGUAUUGAAUUUGCUUCAAAUUUUAUUGAACUUCGAGUAUAGUUGUUCUCACUCUGCUGUUGUCAGGAAGUUUUUGCCGAUUAAUAAAGUAGAAAAUGAUCCAGAAA